UUUAACACCUUCACAUGACACGUAGCUCUUGUUCGCACACGUAACUCUGGUUGGCCCCAAAUCAAAAGCUACCCAAAGGGCAGCUCCCCCUUCGGCUUCACCCCCCUUAACCCAAACCCAACCCGCUAUUUUCCCCUAUAAGUCUAUAACGCACACCAAUCAAUCGGCUGUUGUUCGUCUCUCCCUCACGCAUCUUCUUCAACUCCAGCUUGUCUUCCUCUCCAAAAAGCCAUUCCAAUUGCUCUCCAGCAUCUCUCUCCGUGAAAUUGCUGCUUUUUCUAGCGGUGGCACAAGGAGGAGGAGGAUUUAAAGCAAUGGAGUCAACUGAGUCUUCGUACAUGUCGUCACCGGAGGCACCGCGUAAGAGAUCUCCACCGCCUCCCAAGUCUCCUACCUCAGGUCUCUCUGAUCUGAUCCGCUCCCUCUCUCUCUCUAAAAGUCUGAUUCUCUCUCUAUAACUUUCUGUAAUUGGUGGCAGCAAUUCGUUCUGAUCAUUACUUUGUUUUAGAAUCAUUGUUCGUGAACGUUUAUGCCGCAGUAGGAAGGUGACGAUGUGUAGUUUUCAAAUCUGCAUUUCUCUUUCUGUCAAAACUGAAACCCUAACCCUAACCUACUGAGAAAAUAGAGGAAAAGGGAAGAAUCCUAUGGUUUAUACUGUGAGGCGUUGUUUGCUUUCCGAGUAACCGUGGAAAGAAGCAUAAUCAGUUACAUUGAGGCGUCCCGAUAGGGAUAGUUAAGUAGUUCCGGGAGGCUCUUUUUUGCAUCAAAUAAUUUGCGGUAUUGCACACACAAUACAAUGUUACAAGUCCAUGAUAUUUUGGUUGGUGGUGGUGAGGAUGCAUUCUUGACAACGCGGUAGAUGCAUAUUCUAUGGAGAAGGCCACAUACAUGAAGUUUCUCGUGUCAAAUGCUGCAGCUGGUUCUGUUAUUGGAAAGGGCGGAUCAACAAUAACUGAUUUCCAGUCGCAGUCUGGAGCUCGAAUUCAGUUGUCACGCAACCAUGAGUUUUUCCCGGGGACCACUGACAGGAUUAUUAUGAUAUCUGGAACAAUUAAUGACGUGCUUAAGGCUGUAGAGCUGAUUCUUGCCAAAUUGUUGAGUGAGCUUCAUGCUGAAGGAAGUGAUGAUGUUGAGCCAAAAACAAAAGUCAGGCUUGUUGUUCCAAAUAGCUCAUGUGGUGGCAUAAUCGGGAAGGGUGGUUCCACUAUAAAGUCCUUUAUUGAAGAAUCACAUGCUGGAAUUAAGAUAUCUCCUCAGGAUAAUAGCUUCUAUGGGUUGAAUGAUAGGCUAGUGACACUGGCAGGAACUCUUGACGAACAGAUGAUGGCUAUUGAUCUGAUUCUUUCUAAGCUGUCUGAAGACCCCCAUUACUCCCAGUCCAUGAAUGCCCCAUUUUCAUAUCCAGCACCCCAGAAUGCAAUGAGCUAUGGAACAAAUGGGGCUGGAGGGAAGUUUCAGAACAACAAGGAGGAUCGAAGUAACUCCGUGACUAUUGGGGUUGCAGAUGGACAUAUUGGGUUUGUUGUUGGUCGUGGUGGAAGAAACAUAAUGGAAAUCGGCCAGGUUACAGGGGCCAGAAUAAAGAUAUCAGAUAGAGGUGAUUUUGUGACUGGGACGACUAAUAGGAAAGUCACAAUUACAGGAUCACACAGAGCAAUUCGUGCAGCCGAGUCCAUGAUAAUGCAGAAAGUGGCCUAUGCUUCCGAGAGGGUGAUUGAUUAGUUUUGAAAUGUUUGCAGUCAAAAUUCACGUUGAGAAUGUUCGGGGGGAGAUCUACCUGUAAUUUGCUUAUACGUUUAAUCAUUUAAGGAAGGGAGAAAAAAGAGGAGCCGUUGACAUAUGUUGGCACAUGAUGAUGUAAGUUGGAAGAAAUUUGCAUAAGCUAGUAGGGGCAAGAGCGGGAAAUUUUCUUGUUGUCGAGAGAGAUAAUUGUGCUAGGAAUUUGUUUUGAGAUUAAGUUUAUUCCAAAAGAAAACGUUGGAAAAAAAAGCCAUUACUCAUCGACUAUAUAGAAUGAUUCGCUUUACUUCUUCAUUCACGGUUGUAAACCUGCUAAUUUAGCAAGUACUCUGUCUGAUCGUCAUCUUAAUUCGUUCGAUUCUUGAUUCAA